AACCUAAAAACGUGUGAAAAAUCUUGUUUCUUGUUAAUUUGCUUAAAGGUUGUUCUUGUUUUCUUAGUUUGUUAGUUCCUUUUUUUCUUUUACUGUCUCUCUAAGCUGACCCGUAUUUAUAAAAUCUCUCGAUCGUUCGUCUUGUUUAUUUCAAAAUUCUAUUCAUUAAUUUCAAGAUUCAAUAACUAAACACCUAAAAAUGAGCCCUGCAAAUUUUAAUGACACCUUCACCAAUGGCCAAGCUCGUCCUUCGCCAUUGAAAAUUAGCAAAGCUUCUCAUCUUAUUCAUAAACAAUCCUCUAAUUCUCCCAAUUCUUCGUCUUCUUCGUUUUCGAACAAUUUUGCGCCUGUUCCGAAAACUAAUCCGGUCAUCAUUUACACGCAUUCGCCGAAAGUUAUCCACACGCAAGCUCGCGAUUUCAUGGCUUUGGUGCAAAAACUAACCGGGCUUUCAAGCUCGAGAAACGAUAGUGAAAUCGCACUCCAUCAGCCGUCCGCCCAGCAAAAACAAGGCGUUCGUGCGAAUAAUAUCAAGCCGAAACGAGUCAAUAGGGAUGAUAAUGAAAAUUGCAACUCGAUUUUAACCGUUGAUAAUUCCAGUGGCGGAUGCGGUGGCGAUAAUGGCGGCUGCGGUGGUAAAAAUCCUUAUUUUACGGGUAUUCCAUUGUUUACGCAAUCUAAUUACUAUUGCUCGCCUAAGCCUGUGUACAGAUACUCCGAUCAUUCAGCUGUUUACGCAUCAUCACCGAGCAUUGGCGCCAAUUCGAUGUCUCCAUCUGUGUUGGAGUUCAUGAAAUUGGAUUACCAGAAUAUUAAUUGAUUAAUUAACGUGAAAUCAAAGUGGUCCGAAAAGGGAAUUAGAGAUAUCCAAGUUAAUUAGUUCUAGUUAAAUGGAUUAUCCUAUUUCUUUUUCAUGUGACCAUAGGGACAGGUUGAUUUUAUUUUUAAUGGUUGUAUUGUUAUUACAUAUGUUAAUUUGUUUUUGUUCUUAAUUUUUUCAUUUGCUUGCAAUUCAAGUUAGGGUUGAUCAAUUAAUCCAUCGAUCAGCUGGGGAUAUACUGAUCGCAUGUGAAUAAUGUUCAUGUACAUUUAAUUUAUUCUUUAGCCAUCCAAGGAUAGUUUGAUCUUUCCUGGUCGGUAUGACAUUGUUGAAUAGCAAUUUUAUUUAUUAUAAAUUCGUAAGACCGUAUUAAUUAAUUAA